GCAUGGUGCUAGGAGAUGCUGUGUUGCAGGGUGGGUGCUCACCCACCUUGUCAGGGUUGGCCCCAGUGCCCCAGCAUGGUGCUAGAAGGUGCAGGGCUGCCUUUCCCCAAGUUGUAUACCCAAAGUCUUGACCACAUGUGGUUGUUAAAGAUCCCUUGGCCCCUUCCAUAAGAGUCAGGGUGUUACCCAUUGUGUCCUGGCGAAAUUCCAGCCUAGGCAAUUCCCACUGUCCCUCCAAAAGCCCCAUUGUGGUUCAACUGAACACUGGAUUUGUCCUUCCCACCCUGCCUAGCUGUUAAAUAGCCCCCAGUGCCCCCACGCCAGAGAUGGCUGCAUCCCAGUGCUGGGUGAAGAAUCCCUGUGUAAACAGCCCCUGAGUCCCACCCCAGAGGUGGCUGCAUCUCAGUGAUGGAUGAAGGAUCCCUGUAUAAACAGCCUCUAUGCCACGUCCUAGAGGCAGUAUCAUCUCAGUGCUGGGUGAGAGAGCCUUGUAUAGACAGCUCUGGUCCCACCCCAGAGGUGGCUGCAUCUCAGGGUACGUCUACACUACCUGCUGGAUCAGCAGGUAGUGAUUGAUCUACUGGGGACCAAUUUAUCGUGUGUAGUGUAGACGCGAUAAAGCAAUCCCUGAUCACUCUCCCGUCGACUGCUGAACUCCGGCAGUGCAAGGGGUGGAAGCAAAGUCGACGGGGGAGCCGCGGCCGUCGAUCCAGCGCCGCGAGGACGCAAAGCAUGGCUGCUGAGUCCGACAAUGAGGACGACUAUGAGAACGUGUCCCUGGAGAACUCUCCCAAGCCCCCGCCCCUGCCGCGCGGGAAGAAAGUGAAGGUGGCCACGCCAAACCGGAAGGACAAAGGAGCAGCAGGUCGGGCAGCGACACCAGGCAGACCCCCCAAAACAGACCUGGCCAUUUCAGUGAUCUCGGGGGACCCGGUCCUUAGGCCUGCCAAGCUCGGGCUGGACCUGUCGUCCGCAGCUGUGGCAGCUGCCUUCCAGUCCCCGGGAGGAGAUCUUCCCCUCCCUAAACCUGCCUCACGGAGAGGUUUCCCUGAAAGGUCUCUGCUGAUCACCUACAUCCUGCUGGGGGUUUGCUUUCUCAUGUGCAGCGUGUUCCUCAUCCUGGCCCUCAUGAAACGCCCAGAGCUGCAGCAGGAGUCAGAAGAGCCGAAUUUCCACCUUCCCCAGAGGGCAGCUAAUGUGUCCCAGAACCAAGCAGAUUGGGAGAAGAUCAGAGCAGAGGUUGCAGCAUUGCAGAAAACAGUAGACGCUGUCCAUCUUUCGGUGUCUGGGGAGCUGGCCGCUGUGAAGGAGCUUCACAGUAAAAUGCAAGAGGAGAUCACGGCGUUACAGAAAAGAGUAGAUUCUGUCUGCGGCCAUUGCCCGUGGGGCUGGGCCUGGUUCCAGAGAACCUGUUACCACUUUUCAGAGUCUACCAAAACCUGGCAUGAGGCCAAGCAGUUCUGUUCGGAUUACGGGGCACACCUGGUGAUCAUUAACACCAAGGAGGAGCAGGCAUUCUUGGUGAAGAACCGCACAAAGUCCCGAGUGUACUGGCUGGGGCUGAGUGACAAGAAAGUGGAAAAUCAAUGGCUCUGGGUGGAUGGCUCCCCUCUGAAACUCAGCUUCUGGAGCACUGGGGAGCCCAAUGACUCCAGCGACGAGGACUGUGGCACCAUGGCGAUCGACGGGCGCUGGAACGACAUAAACUGCUACUGGACCGACUACUGGAUCUGCGAAAAGCCCUGGCUCUGCUAGAGCCUGGCUCGGCCGCCAACCCACGUCCUUCCUGAGCCACGGGCUGACCGGUGGGAACAGGCCCGGCCUCCUCCAGAUCGAUAGUCUCCCCAAGCUGUGUUCUCUUGGUGAUGUGCCCCAUUGCAUAACUCUUUCUGGGAGCUAGGGGUUGUUCUGAAUCCCUAGGGUGAUGGUAUUUCUGCAGUGUGUCCUAGUGGGUAGGGCAGCAGGCUGGAACACAGCACCCAUGGGUUCUCUUCCCUGCUUCAUCCUGGGACCUUGGACAACUCCCUUCCCCAUGCCUCAGUUUCCCCUUGUAAGGGCUCAGGCUGUAUCACUUCUGAAUUUUGGAUGAUUGUAUGAUACUGUACCAUGAAAUGACUGGGUCAUGGAAUGCCUACGUGUGUGUGGAUGCCCCAGGAGGUAGCAGGGUUGGCAUGUCUCUGCCAGGCCAGACACAACGGGGACGGACCAGCAUGCAACAUUACGUUAAACACUGUGGGACAAUGAGUUUCCUCUGCCUGCGAGACGCUGCUUUCUGCUCUUGUCCAAGGUGAGGGAGGCUUGGAAGUAAUGGAAAGUUACCACAAGGCAGAACAAAAGAAGCAGCAGUUUAGAAAGGGACACCCAGGGGGAGCUUUCUCGGGGACAGAGCCACCUUGCACCAGAUUAAGGGCUGUGCUACACUAGAAAAUCAGACUGAUCCACCUACGUGGGUGAAUAAUCCACUGCCCUGAGCAAUGUAGUUAAGCUAACCUAACACUCAGUGUGGACGGCUCAGUCGGUGGAAUAAUUCUUCCAUUGAUUUAGCGCUACCCGUCUCGGGGAGGUGCAUUUCCUCUAGUGAUGGGAUAACCCAUCCCGGUGCUGUAUUAUAUGGCUGCCCAGAAACUGGUAAUACUGUUCAACCUUUCUUCCUGUAGUAUAUGAUUACUCAAAAAGAACAGGAGUCCUUGUGGCCCCUUAGAGACUAACAAAUGUAUUUGAGCAUAAGCUUUCAUGGGGCACAGCCCACUCCAUG